AAAAAAUUUGGAAACCUUCCCAAUUUACCAAAGGAUACUACAAUAAUUUUGUGUUAAAGGGCUCGUCCCCGAUUACCUGAUAAGUGAUAACCGAGAACCGUACUGAAAACCGAACGACCUAACAGACCGGCCAAAAAGCUACCCGAUCGACGCGGGGCCGAGCCCUAAUCCUGGGAGGAGCCUAAUCCAUGGUCCAGUCGCGCCGGUAUUUCAAACAAAUUGUACACAUCUUGCUAUGCUGUGAAACCUGUGAUGUUUUGUUUUGAAACCGUCGGUGCCCGUCCUAUAGUAAUCAAGUAGUAUUUAAAUGGAUGCUUCAAGACAAAGCAGGAGAACUCGGAAAGUGGUUAAUUAUGUAGCCAUGAACGGUGAUCGAUCAGAUGAUAGUGAAGAUGAUAUCGUUAAUUGUGUCAACGUUAAGCUUGCAGUACCAACUGCUACUGUAACCAAGCUUUCUAAAUUGAGCAAGCUGAAGUUAGGGACAAGAAAAGCUAAAUUACCAAAGUGUGAUGACACUAAACUCACUAAAUUAAAACCCAUUUUGGAUGAUAUGGAACCAACAAAGCUUUUUAUGACAUCACCAUGUCUCACAAGUAACAUGGAAGAGAUUGAGCUUUCUAUUGCAGAACCAGAAUUGACAACUCAUAGCAUUUUUUCUCAAGAAACUGUAAUUACAUCCUCAUGUGAGUGCCUUUCUCCUCAUGAAUUCACUGAUUCAUCAGAAUCUGACACCUACUGCUCUACUGUUGAGAUAAUAACACCUAUGAAUGAAGAUACUAAGCUAAAUACAAAGUGUGACCCUGCAAUAUUAAAAACCAAUGAAGACAGAAUAAUCAAACGAAGAAUUAUAAAUGAAAACUUGGGCCAGCAAAAGAAAGUUAAAAUUGAUACCGAAGAAAGUAAACAUCAGAAUACCUUUUCAGGGUAUGAAUCAUCUGUUUCCAAACCUGAUGUAGAUGUUUCUCCAGUGCCAUUACAGAUAUACAGACUGCCUACUUGUUUGUUAGGGACAGACAAAGCAUCACUUGAAAAUCAUGUGAAUAUUUCUCAACAAUUAGCUGCUUCAUCUACUUCAUCCUUUGGUGCGCAUGAAGAAGUAUCAACCUUUCAAAAAAAUUAUGUGCAGUCACCAGUUCAACCGACAAACCAAUUAGUGAAGCAUAACCAUUCUUCGGAAAUCGAGUGUUCUCUAGGAGCCGUAUCUACUGAACAUAAUCAAAACUUCGGAUGACAGUGGAUCAAUUAUUAAAUCUCCUAUGUCAGCACUGUUGACUCCAAAAUUGACCAAAAGUGCAAUAAAAGAGGGAUGUACAAGUAAAGUACAGGCAACAAAGAAUAUUGUGGCAAACUUGAAGUUGAAAAGAAAUUCAGCUAAUCUUAUGAAAAGUAGAGAAAGAUCAAAGAAUACAUCAGCACCAACAGUGAUAGAUGAACAAAUUAUAAAAGCAUCUUUGUCUGUUAUGAAUGACGGUGAUAUCGCGGAGCUUAAUACGUCUCGAAAUGUGACAAACCCACCACAUUCAGUUAACAUUUUAAAGCCACCAAGCCCUCAGUCAAGAAAGCUUGCCGUAAAAUGGAAACCGCCAGGUAAAGCUGGUGGUAUAAGCACCCCGUUAGGUGGUACUUCGCAGGCCAUAGGAAUUCGAUUAGGUUUGUCGCGAAACCAGCGCGCCAGCAAGCCUUUACACCCAGAUGUUAAAGUGAAGAUAUAAUAUCGAAAUGAAGGUACAUUAAAAUGAUUUCUUGUCGCACCGAUUUAUCUGUUUGUUGUAUUUUGUUACGCACUGAUAAUAUGUAGGACUCCACAUCGCCUUUGAACAUCUUUUUUUUCUGUCUUUCUUUAAGUUUUAGUUGGGGAGUUUUGGGAAUGGAUAUAUUCCUUGUAUUUCCUGAUGGCUCAAAAAUUAUAUCGUCUUUACAAUUCAA